GCGACACAGAACCUGUACCCGUUGCAUUCAAGCUCUACUCACAAACAUACAUGGAUAACAUAACCCUACGACCUGUGUCUAAGGUGGGCGAAGUAUCGGAGAAUUUCAAAGAAAAAUGGUCUAUACCCCCGCUCUUGUGCUCGGAACAGGACUGUCCGUCGGGAUGGAAGAAGAAAGCGUUGGGGAGUUUCUAAGAAAGUUUGCGUUUCGGUUCACCAUGGACAAAGACCGCCUGAGAACCUGCGAUGGACUUAAGAAAGCAAUUAGUUCCUCAAGUCUUGGAUCGGAGUGCAGUUUGGAAGAGGAGAGGGAAGAGCGGAGCAUCCAGCUAGAUCUGGUCCAUCGGAUUGAGAGAUGUUUGUCCGAUGCCAAGACGUCCAGUCUCGGGUGCCGAGAGCUGUUGCUUCCGCGCCGAAUGAUCUCAUAUAUUGCGCGAGACAUCCUCGCUGCCUCCACCGAUGAACCGUGCGGGCUCCGGGGCUCACUAAUUCACCUGUUCUUGGAGACCAACGGCGCACUCCAGAAACUUGGCAACGUCGUCCCCAUGGAUCACCUCACUCCGACUUUCGAGCUCUCUGUCGUGCUUCGACCGGACCAGGACGGCUGGCCACCCCUCAGGAAUCUCUUCGGGACCGACAAGAUGCUCCGCCUUCGACCAGAGUACCGGCUCAUUAAACAGAAACUCUACUCUUCGGCCAGCCCAACCAUCCAGGAGCACAAUUUAUGGUUCUAGAAUUUAGAUGUAGGGCUAGGUCUAGUUACCCUAUGCUUAGACUAUACAGUAAAUGGGCAGUGUCAGUAUUUUCACUAUCUAGGUUAUCGUGCACAUAUUACUUUACAUUUUAUUUUGCAUAGCUGUUUUGUUGUUUUGCACACUCCCUGAGAAGGGUUUUUUUUUUUUCUUAUUAGGCCAUUGUGGGUAAAAUGGCAACUAUGUGAAUGUCAUUAGUAAUUCACUAUAAUGGUUGCUGCCUAAAUUCGCUGAUUUUGGAUUACGGGUCAAUUUAAGUAUUUUACACUGUCGUGUAAUUGUGUAUGGACAGUUAAAUGUGCUGAGGUGAGAAUUGAUUUAGGCAUGCAAUUUCUAGACAAGAGCUUCCUUGUAGGCUAUUACACUAAUCUAAAGUGCUCACUCAAGGUUGAUCCAGCAGGGUCAUGCUGUUAGCAGAACGUUAAGCUUCACAGUUCUAAAGAAGCACUCGUUCUAUUUUGGAUUGUUGACUGGUUAAGACCGCAAACUACUGGCACGAUUUUACUUUUAUGUUGGGUGGUACAACUGUGAAACAUUAUUUAUUGACCAGCAUGGGGAGGUUGUAUGAGUGUCUAUAGUUUGUUUAUUGUGACAGCUGAACUGUGAUGGAUAUUUGCUCAAGGAUAAAAGGCUGGAGUGAUUGUAUGAAAUUAUAACUUCUACAGCUUUAUUUAUUUUUAUUUUUUAUUUGACCUGUGGUUGCAUCUGACAGUAUAUGUGUGGUGAGCAAGCUGGUCUUGCUCACAUGUCUUUGCUACGGUUUUAUAUGUGACCCUUGUCAGUAUUCCCACUGAAGUGAACCAAGUUACAUAAAUAUGUUUACAGACCUCA